GGUGAUUUCAAAAAUGCGUACAAAAUAUGGCUAUGAACCAUUAGACCCCAACAGUCGAGUGAUGUUUAAUAUGGUGGCCUCGUACGCUGUGGUUAAGGCCAUUCUCCCUCUUCGUAUAGCUGCUUCCGUUGCCAUGACACCGUUCUUAGCCGAAAAGGCUGUCGGUCCUUUGGUAAGAACCGUGGGCCGAUUUGCGCGACCUGCCAAAUAAUAAAAAAACUUUCUACACUUUCCAACAUACCUGUUUCCUUUCCUUCACCCCGCUUCACCAGCCGUCAAUGAUGGGCUCGGUGAAUGUUCAACCACUAUCUCUUAAUCUAUCUAAUGUGGUUGAAAAAGACCCCAAUGUUCCUUCCCCUCCCCCUACCCCGACUAAUGGCUUAAUGCGCAAUCUGAGCGUUACUUCUUUACGACGGACAAACAGUACGGAGAGAAAGGAACAAACAGGAGAUGUCAUUAACAUUGAGACUCCCAAUCCUUCCCAUCUUUAUUGGGUCCCAGCUGAACAACAUCCCGAGAUCGCACCAGCUGAAUUCAAUUACUGGCUUGAGGAACAUGCCUUUAAUUCCGAUCGCCGUCCUCGCAUUCGUAGACGUCGUUCAGUCUUGUCUGUGUCGUAUACUCCAGACGAUAUUGAAGCAGAAGAAGAGCCUAUGGGCGAUGACGACCAAUCAAAAGAUGAUCAAGCUAAAGACAGUGUCGAAACCACCUUAGCCAUACUUGAGAGUCGAUCAGAAACCCAUGAAGAUAAUUCAGUAUUAGACCAUGAAGAAGAGGAGGAGGAGGAGGAAGUAGACACGUCUAGAAAGGAUCGGAUACGGAGAAGUCUCAGCUUGAAUCUUCCUAUUAUUUCAGAACAAUCAGAUCACAUCAAUGUCUUUGAUCGUAAUUCCUCACCAUUUGAUGCAUCGCGAGUACUGGUACCGAAGGCCGAUAGCUCUUUGCUACGUAGAGGCGCUCGUACUAAAAUUCGACGAAAUUCGACAAUGGACUCCAUAUCAGCCAGUAGUCAUGACGAACCCAAUGCGGGGAGACCCACGCGUAAACGCAGUAGAAAUGCAAGUGCUGGUACAGGAUCAGAUGUUAGUCGUAUUGGCAUGGUACCUCCAGGUGGGAUAUCGCUUCAGGAUGCACCAGUGAUCUUCAUUGAGGACGAACCAAUUCAAGAAGAGCCCACCAAUAUCAUCAUAUCACCACCACAGAACAACAAUACAAAUCGAGUGGCAGGACCUCGUACAAGUUCACUUCCCAGUGCAAGUAUGCGAGACAUGUUGGCUGACAAGUUGAAGGCAGACUCUCAGCCCGUCGUGGACGCUACUCCUUCCAAUAUACCAAUUGCAGCAGAUACCCCAUCUACCAACGAACUUACCCUCCCCAAAGCACCAUCCCCUUCGCCCUCCACAAGCACUGGAAGGAAAUCGACAUGGUCAAGACUCUUUCUUCGAGCAGCGGACGACAGCAAUAAGACAAAACGGAAUACAGUGACUAAAUCAGAAGUAGUAGAAGAACGACCGUUAUCUGUGCCUGAAACUUUAUCACCAUCCUCCACACGAUCAACGUCACCUGCCCCGAGCGAAUCACUUGCGUCGGCAUCAGGAAGAAAGUUUGGAAGCUUGUCAUCCCUAUUUUCGCGAGCAAGUGUUCGACCAGCAGGAUCUAAAACGGACACAAAUAGCAACAAGGUAGCAUCAGCAACUAAAGUGGCCAGUAAAAAAGUGCCACCAUUACCGAAACGGCUUCCCAUUCACGUGGAACGAGCUAUCUACAGGCUGUCCCACAUGAAGCUAGCAAACCCCAGACGACCUCUACAACAUCAAGUACUUAUAUCCAACUUCAUGUUUUGGUACCUGUCCAUUGUGGAUGCAUCGAAAGCUAAUAAUAGCAACGGAGAGAUGGUAACGGCAGCAGCAGCAGCAGCCGUUAGCCCUGAGCUAGAUGGUUUUGACAAGAAGGGAAAAAAGAUCAACAAGUUCGUAGCGGCGGGUAAAAAGCGGCGGCAAGAAAUCAUCCAAAACAAACAACGAAAAGUGGCACUUGCUCAUGAACGAAUGGGUGGACGAAGGUCUGAAACGGUUAUACCGGCUGUUCAAUAUGACAAGCAGGUUUUAAGGCAUCAUCCACUUCCUCAUGUUGGCCCAAGAGGCCCUUUAAUGACGCCACAACAAUAUAUUGGGACAGCCAGUGCACCCACAGGAUUCGUUGUCCCACAGCAAUAUCUACACCCAGCCACUAAGCCGUCAUCGGAGGGUGAAUCGGACGGUGAAGACGAUGAAGAGGACGACGAAGACGAUGAUGAAGAUGAUAACGUUCAAUGGCCUUUACCACCCAAAGCGCCUAGUCACACCCCUCCAUUGGACCUACAUCCCGCUCAUUUGGGAUCUUUUGGAAUGGACAUGAUUAAAUUGGAUGACGAAGAAGACGACGUACCCUUGGCUUUGUACAGAAAAUCACAUUAAGCAUUUGGUUUAGCCCAAGUGAGGUACCCGAAGUAAAAAUAAAACGAAAAAAGUAAAAGUAGUUCUCUGACCUUAAAAAAUAACUCCAAUUUGAGAGAAAUUCAAGUGACUGUGGUAGAAAAGAAAACAUGAAUUCCAUUAAACUAAG